AUGUGGCGAAGGGUCCGUAUGUAUGUUGUCGUUGCCAUGGCAGCGGUUACAACUUUGCUGACGAGCUACAUCAAGGACAGCCUCGUACGGAAGGGGAAGAAUUACAGAAGGCCUGGUAUGACUUCUACACUGUUCGACGCCAAGGACAGAGAGGACGUCAUGUACGAUUUUCUGGAGCACUUUCAGCCGAAACUGGACCCGAACUGGGAACUACAGUACGAAAGCUACACCAGGGACAGGCGGUUUAGACCCUCGACGUGUCCGUUCGGGCUACUGCACCGGAAGAACAAAUCUCGAUGGUUCGAGUCUAGAUACAUCGAGGACAUCAAGAUGUUCAUGGACAGAGAAGACUUGGAAGCCGAGAGCUUCCAGAAGCUACAGUCCAAAUAUCUGCUGCCGUUUGGCUACAAGGACAAGAACAAAACUGCGGUUGAAGAGAUCUUCAGCGUGCUUCCCGACCCUCCCGUGUGGGGCAUGCCGAGGAGAAAGUGCGUGCGGUGCGCGGUGGUGGGGACAGGCGGGCAGCUGAAAGGGUCUCUGAGGGGGAAGGAGAUAGACAGCCAUGACUACGUCUUCAGGUUGAACCACGCCCUGGUGGGAAGCUGGUACGUUCGGGACGUUGGGAACAAGACUUCCUUCUACAUCUUCUUCCCAGAGUCCGCACACAUGCAACACGUCAUCCACUCGGACCCAGUUCUAGUGUACAUCCCGUUCAAAGACUGGGACGUGGCCUGGAUGGCCGGCUGGCUGGUACGGAAGAAAGUCCCGCCGCCAAAGUGUUGGACAGACGGGGACCCAGAGUGCCGAAAAUAUGGCUACCCUGGAGCACCAAAGCUGGUGCGGCCUGAGCGGUUGUGUCUCGCACAUCCCGACUUCCUUCGCUAUGUGUUCUGUAACUACCUAAACGCGACCGGGCAGAGACCCACAACCGGAGUCUUCACUGCCUUCAUGGCGGUUCACUUGUGCGACCAGGUCUCUCUGUACGGGUUCGGCUUUGAUCCCAGGUACCCGAUGCACUACUAUGACCAGGAAAUCUUCACGGAGCCCAGACAGAACGACACAGCGCACAACUUCGGCAACGAGCGGGCCCUCUGGCGGAUUCUGGACCGGGAAAAUAUCGUGCGCUGGGUGCGGAGAUAG